UGACGUUGACACUGGCAGACGUCGCUAAGCAUUUGUGGUGUUUUUGAUUUUUUCAAUACUGUGUUGUGUUUAUAUUUAUUUUUUAGUAGCAAUAUUUCUAUAAAUAAUGUCGUGUCUACAAAAAGAGCGAAAACCCAUGGUUCCUUUGAAAACAUUAGAUAUAAUUUUUAGAAGACGGUAUGUUCCGAAUACCCAGCAUUACUUCACCGAUCGUCGACAUGCGAUACGUAAGGAUGAAGGGAAGAAAAAAGCUGAACCAUUCCGGCUACCGCAGUCUGAGAAACUUUUGUCGUAUAUCAAAUACAGCGACCAACAAGAAAAGAAUUACAUGAAUAAAAGAUUAACUCAACCUUUACAUAUGAAAGACAACUUACGAAUGGCAGCUACGAGGGAUAUUUCUGAAAGACUGUUUAUUGAAGAAACCAGUGAUAGUGUGAGGGCAGUUGUAGAAAUUCAUCCGGAGUUUUAUUCGGUCAUCGAAGGUCGGCCUCUGCGUUGUUUCGAUGAUAUAAAAGUCUAUAUAAACAAUAUCCGUAGUUACGCUAUGGAUCGACAGCAGAUUGGCUACCGGCGAGAUUUAAUUUUAAACAUCGAUAAAAGUAUUAUGGAGGAAUCCACGGAGCAUAACAAAAUUGUAGACAACUUGAAACGGCAUAUACAAAAUUUCCAGAAAUUUCUUACCGAAGACUACAAGAAAGCAUGUCAGAAGGUAUCAAAAGCUGAAAAGCUGUACGCAGAGUUGAUUGCCAAAAAUUCUCAAUUUUUAAGCUAUGUUUCAACGUUAACUCUUAUGAAUAAUAUUAUAUUCAAACUAGAUGCAAUUAGAGGUGUUUUAAAAAUUUACAGACGGUUUUUGUUGUUUGUUGCCCCACUUUCGUGGCGACAAAUUUAUGACGAGACAUUACGAGACAGAAUACGGUCCAUACAGUUUGAAUCUGGACAAUUUGCUACAGAUAAUGAUCUAGUCGAUACUUUGGAUAUUGAUAAAAUUAUUGAAUCGGCAAAGAACGAAUUUAAGAGUCCUCUACCAGCGCACAUGUAUUUUAAUACGCCUGAACAAAUGAUGUACUUAUUUCGUACGAUGGAAUUACAGAGCAGGGAAUAUUUGAUCCAGCUAUCUAAAACGAAUGUACCAUUUCGUUUAUUGCAAGAACGAAUUAAGCAAUUAAAACAAGCGACAAAACACGAACUCGAUUAUUUUCAAUUUUAUAUUGAUAGUAUUAAUUACGAAAUAGAGAGAGAAAAUCACAAUGAACAAUUGCUACAAGAAAAAUUUUUCCGCAUCUUAAACGAUACAUUUUACGAAAGUGUAGCUAGUCCUGAUACUUUGAAGUUAAAAAUUUGCAUUGAAUAUGUUUACGAACAAAUUUUUGGUAAAUGUGAAGAAGGUCAUCAAAGUCUACACGACCCAAUGAAGAUUUUGGAGGUGAUGUAUGAAGAUUAUAAUUUGCGUUUAGAUUCUCUAGAUUUUAAAAUUGUCAAUCAAGCGAGAAAUGAUUUCUUCUCUCAAGAUUUAAAGACAAUGAUGAAUGCUUAUAAGGCACAACGAGAACUGAGAGCAUUCCGGGAAAUGACGAAUGCUAUGAAUAAAGCCUUUUUACCACCUGCUAAAUUUUCAAGACCACCAUCAGUAAAAAGUGUUUUAAUUAAAGCUAAAAAGAAGCAAGCCAGGACACGAAAGUCCAUUGUCGAGGAAGAUGACGAAGUGAAGACAAAACAUAAAUUAACAGCGGACGAAAGAGAGGGUUUGAUAUUUUUUACCGAGUGGUGUGAAGGUUUAGAUCCAACACCUUUUCUCAAAGAAUAUAAUGAAUUUGUAAGACCUGUUUUUAGAAAAACUCCUAAAUUAUCAGAUUAAAUAUGUAUUUGUAUCUUUUUACUUAAAAUUUAAUACCAUAUUUACAACAAUAUUAUUUUUCGUUUGAG